AUGGGGAGACGAUAAGGCUGGAAACAUCUGGUCAAAGAUCAAGAUCACAUACUUUGUCAGGUUGCAGGUUGGUGACGUAUACAGGAGGAGAAUCCCGAGGCGGAGGCCUAGCCUAGGAAUAAACAAUGUUUUGUAGACAAGCAGCACUAUGUGUCAAUAGGCACGUUACACGGUCGUCAACCAGAUGCCUAGUUUUAGGUUCCAACACAUUCCAUAAAACAAAAAAGUACGAUGAAUGUAAGACAACAUCAUCUCUACUGAGGUCGAGGGCUAGGCCUGGUGGUGGUGGUAGUAGUAGUAGCAGCAUUUCACUGUUCCCUGGUAGUAGUAGUAAGGCAUUUUCAAGCACGGGCUCCGCCAGAUGUACAGAUCAAGCGGCAGGCCUAGGCCUACAUCCAAUUCUUCCGGGGCCUAGUGAUAUACCAUAUAGUCGUGCCAAGCUCGGUGCAUUCUCGCAAGUAAAGCCAAAGUUGACAAAUGCUUUUACCGAGGACAACCUCCUUCAAACCUUUUUGAGACGGACAGUGCCCAAAGAGGUGCUGGACAGAAUUUAUUCGGAUUUAGAAAGGUUUGGAGAAAGAAUCGCUUCAGAAAUUGAUGGUUUGGGAGAAGAGUGUGAGAAAAAUCCACCAAAACACAAAGCUUUUGAUGCAUGGGGAAAUCGUGUCGAUGAAUUGAACACUUGUGUGGCCUGGAAGAAGCAGCACGACAUCUCGGCCAAAGAGGGACUUGUAGCAAUACCAUAUGAAAAAGAGUAUGGAACAUGGAGCCGACUGUACCAGUUGAGUAAACUCUACAUGUACGCACCAUCAUCAGGAUUGUAUUCAUGUCCAUUAGCAAUGACAGAUGGAGCUGCCAGUUUUUUCCGGUUGCAUCCAGAUCUUCCUAUGAAAGAGAGGGCAUUUUCCAGACUGAUUUCACGAAACCCAAAGGACUUCUGGACAUCAGGUCAGUGGAUGACCGAGAAGCGUGGUGGUUCUGAUGUUGGACUAGGAACUGAAACAAUAGCAAUUCCACAACCAGAUGGAACUUACAAGUUACAUGGAUACAAGUGGUUUUCUUCAGCUACUGAUGCAGACAUGACAUUAACCCUUGCUAGAAUUGUUGAUGAACAUGGACAAACAAACCCAGGUUCACGAGGACUGUCACUGUUCUACUUGGAAACCAAGACAGCUGAUGGUAAACUGAACAACAUUGAGAUACAGAAGCUCAAAGACAAGCUUGGCACAAGACAGCUGCCAACUGCCGAGCUGCUCCUUGAUGGAACCAUCGCCCACCUGGUCUCCGGUGAGGGAAGGGGUGUUGCUGACAUAACACCUAUGCUGACAGUCACAAGGGUACAUAACACAAUUUCAGCUGCAGCUUCCAUGAGAAGAAUAGUGCAUUUAGCAAGAGAUUACUGUCUAAAGAGAACAGCAUUUGGUAAAGUGAUUAUGAAGCAUCCUCUUCAUAUGCAGACCCUGUCUAGACUUGAGGUGGAAGUGAGGGCGGCAUUUUUACUGGUAAUGGAGAUUGGUCGUCUGCUGGGUUUGGAAGAUUGUGGUGAAGCCAACCAGACUGAGACCAAUUUACUGCGCCUGUUAACGCCACUAGCUAAGCUCUACACUGGUAAACAGGCGAUUUCUGUGGCAUCAGAAUCGUUGGAGUGCUUUGGAGGCCAGGGAUACAUUGAAGACAGUGGCUUACCAGUAUUUUUGAGGGAUGCCCAGGUCCUUAGUAUCUGGGAAGGUACAACAAAUAUUCUUUCGCUUGACGUUCUACGAGCAAUCACUAAAAGUAAUGGCCAGGUACUGCUCUCAUUCUUUGAGGACAUUGAAUGCAAACUGAAAAACAUUACUUUGUCUCAGAACAAUGACCUCAAAAACAGCGCCCUCAAUGUCACUAAAUCUCUCAAGGACAUCAAGAACUUUGUUGAAAUGUCUUAUCACCAGUCCUCAUCUUACAUGGAAGCAGCAGCCCGUGAUUUUGCCUUUAGCCUAGCAAGGAUCUACAUGGCCACUCUUAUCUUGGACCAUGCUGCCUGGGAAGGGGCAAACUCAUCAGAUGUUCUGGUUGCCAAACGAUGGUGUGAGAAGGACCUUGCGCCAGUUGUGAAGAAUGCAGCCAGAGGUCACUACAGUGCUGAAGCUUAUAAUUUAGACUGCUUAACGGUAUUAGAUGGUCAUCCAGAAGCUUAACGACCACACUGAAGCCUCUUGAUCAGUACAGAAUUGAAACUUAAAAACUGGAUUUUUGAAAACAGUUUGGCCUUUCAGUAGGACUGAUCUUAUCAAGAUAGAUAACCAUCCAGAUGCAUGUUGGUCACUAGAGAAUUUAAGCUUAUGAACUAAAUUUUUGACUAGUUUUGGGAUGUCAUAUUGAUAGGUAGCCAUUCAUAAGCUGAUGGCACUACAGUUACAAAUUGGAAUUUUGGACAGUUUCAAAUGGCCAAUCAGAAGCUUGAAGAUGUCAUAUUGAUAUGUAGCCAACCGGAUGCAAAACAGAACAGAAUUGCAUACAGAAACAAAUUACCUCAUUGACACGUUGGCUGCCAGCGACGAGUAUAUUCGCCCACAGGGUGUUGCUAAGGGUGCCAUGGACGAGUAUACUUGUCAAAAUUGGGGUAAGAUUCUAGGGUUUAUAACUUAAUUUUUAUUUAUUGUAGAACCGCAGACUCAACUGCUGGUAGUUCAGGGAAGAUAUACCUAGAUUAUAAUAUACAAAUGAUGAAUGUUUGUUUGUUGUGAUAUGUUGCUGGUAGUACACUCGAGCGGCACAUGUGGGGGGGGGGGCGCCCUUUGAACAUUACCAACCCAUGCAAAAAGCGGACGAGAUAACUCGCACUUGGCAUAGUCAAUAAAAAGUGUUGUCACAGUGCCGUCGACGAGUUUACUCGCCGCCUAAUAUUUUCCCGCCAAUUUGUUAGACAGAUCAUUUUGAUAAUAUACGACUAGAUAAAAUUUCAAAAAUAAGUUACUAAUUGUAAACUUGUUUUGGCACAUGGGAAGGAACCUUUAAAAUUGUCUGGCAGUCAACGCGUUAAAGUAAAAAGCCAUCCAGAUGCCUGAAUUUACUUCAAGUACUAUGUAUAAAAGAGUGAAGUAAUUAACAGGAACUGGAAUAAGGCUGUCUGUUUACUCCAUACCAGUUGUAAAGUAUUUAUUGCAUUGAUAGAAAUGCGCAUAUAUUUUUUUUCCACUGUAUUUUUCUAUUACUUAGGCAAAUAGGCCAAUGAUUGCCAUUACCAAAAUUGUAAUAGUACAGAAGGUGGCAAUCCCUUUCACAAGAAAUGUGUAAAUAUUUUUUCUGUUCUACAAAAACUCCUUAACUAUGAGGCAUAGUUUUUUUUUUUGGGGGGGGGGGUUUGAUCUGGAGGUAAAAUCUUAAGCAGGACCUUGGGAUUGGAAGGGAAACAUUUUACACCAGGCAAACUAGAGCUCCUUUAUUAUUGUGAUAUGAAUAAGACAAAGUGAAAAUAUAUCUUUAAAAAAUAAAUGUAUUCAUGU